AUGAUGAGAAGAACAACAAUUCCCAAAGUCAUCAAUACCAAAUUGUUACCAAGCUAUUGUGGUAUUCAAAGACAAUUACCUUCAUCUUCAUCAAUAAUAACAACAACAAACAAUACGACAGGAGCAUCAGAGGAGGAAACCGAUUCACAAAGUUUGCUGCCCAACUCCUCUCGUACGUUGAAGCAAUAUCACAAUCCUUCUAUCAAGCCUUUUGAAAGGGAUUUGAUGAAUAAUGCUCAUGGUACAGGCUUUCAUGUAUUUCGUCCGUAUGUCAAUUUGGUUGCUCCAUCAUUUGUUAAAACAGUGCUAGAUAAUGAACAAUUGAUGAACAAACUUGAUGACUUUGAGAGGCAAGUGAUUCAACGAAUUAUUCAACAUAUCUAUCAAGAGGCAAGUCUAGAGUUUGAAUUAGAUGAUGUAGAUUGUUUGUGUAGGUUUUUGUUUCUAUUGCAAUCGUGUAGUGGAGAGUUGGUUGAAGUGAAGAGGAAUCUAUUGCAGUGUCUACAACACAAAAUCACUGUUUCUAACGUAUUGGAUGUACUGGAUAGUAUUGAUAAUCAUAUACAGACAUUACAAUCCUUUGGUAAUUCACCUUCUAAUGAUGAUUACAAUUUGUUGAAUGCUGUCAAGUCGUAUUGCUUUAGUUUUAUUAGACAACAUGUAUUUGAUGAGGAAUUCGAUAUCAAGUUGAAUCCUCGUGUGGAGAAACACAUCUUUCACUUUUACAAUAAGAAGGAACAAGAUUUCAUUGAAUAUCAUGAAAAACCAAACGAAAAUUCAUCACCUUUUAUUUUCGAGGAGUUGUUCAAUGAAGGAGAACCACUAGAGUAUGAUUUCACCAUUGAUUUUGGUGAUGGAAUAUUCAUCAGGACACACAAGACUAUUCUUGCAUCGAAUAGUUUAUUCUUCGAGUCAAUGCUUUCCUCCAGUGGUGCAAGUUUUGUGGAUGUGGACAAGAGCAUCUUUUAUCCGGAUAAUUCCAUCAAUGCAUCUGCUGUAUUGUUGAGUACUGCUAUGGAAUUCUCAAUCCCUCUCACAUCAAUCAACACAAUAUUCUUGCUCUCAUUCAAAUGGCUCACCAACAUGACAUUCCUUCAUUGA